AUGUCGAGUGCCCUUAGGGCAGCAGGCGUGGCGUUGCUUGCCAUCACCGCCACUGCUUCUUCUACUCCAGCCAAGGAUUGGACGAGUCUGAAGCUUCUCACCAAGUCUGCUGAUGCUCAGGUACAGACAGUUAUUGACGGUAAAAAUGCCUCAUUGACUGGCUCACCGAGAUCACUGACGCGUGAGGUUCGUCGACUCGUCACACCAUUUGUCUGGCCAAACUCGACCUACUACCACGAUGAAUCUCUGUUGCCACAUAUCGAGGAGAUGCUCUCUGUGUUGGUAAAGGUCCAGCAUGACGACGGGACUUAUACUGUCGGCAAUAGACACUCCCCGCCAGACACUGGCUUCUUGAUCGAAGACUUUGGCAUCAUGGUACGCAUCCUCGAACGCGACGAUCACGAGGCGUCGCAACCUUUCGCCAAAGCCAUGCGUGGUAUUCUCAAAAAGGCUGCACCUGGUCUUGCAAAGGGCGGGAUUCAUACCCCCAAUCAUAGAUGGAAGAUUUGCAGCGCCUUGGCACGCAUCUCCAACAUCAUUGAGGACCCGAGCUUGACUGAGAGGAUCGAUGAGUGGCUUGCAGAGGGCAUCGACAUCGACGCUGAUGGCAUCUACUCGGAACGCAGCCCAAACUACUACUCGGCCGUCUCGAACCCUUCUCUAUUGACGGUAGCCCACGAGCUCAAUUACACAGAAUUGGUCAGCUUUGUCCGCAAAAACCUCGAGCUUUCCAUUGAGCACGCAGAGCCAAAUGGGGAGAUGGAGACAAUUCAGAGCCGUCGACAGGACCAGUCUCAGCCUCCAGGGGUCAACAUGGGCAACUUUUACCCACAAUUCCGCGAGCUUGCUCUGCUGGACGAGAACGGCCGAUUCGCUGCAAUGGCUCGUCUAAUUGAGAAGCGAGUUGGACCUCAAUUGGGCGAUUUUCUAGGCAACCUCAUAGAACGCCCUGAGCUGUCAGCAGAAUUACCCAAGUCAAAGCAACCAUUUUCCGACUUCAAGAAGCACUACAAGUCAGCAGGUCUCGUGCGAGCCAGACGUGGAAAGCUCACAGUGUCGGCAUUUGGUGGGUCGGAUUGGUAUACCAUGGACGGAAAGAAGGCCGAGUUCUACAACCGAAUGGGCUCGGGCCUUUCGACUAAUCCGACCAUGUUCCGAGCCUGGAACGGAAAGGCUGUUCUUGAAGCCGUGCGACUUAGUGCUAGCUUUUUCAGCAUGGGUCACUUCCGGUCAAAUGGUGUUGAGCUAUCCAAGGAUGGUACCAUCAGGUUGGGGAGCGAGAUCGAAGUUCCAUACUACCUACCUAUUCCAGCCGACAAACGCGACGACAACGGGACAUAUGCGCUGUCCAAGUCGGUCGAUGGUCGUUUUUACGCUAUGCUUGACUUUACUAACCGCCCAACCAGUGUUCGUCGUCUCAAGACCGAUGUUGAGAUCAAGCCUACGAAGAAGGGAUAUGAUCUCGAUUUUGAAGUUACAGGAGAGGACAACGUCGAGUUGACCUUUGAACUGACUUUCAGAGAGGGUGGAAAGUUCAAGGGAGUGAAAGAGAUACUUGAUAGCGAUAACACAACCAUAUACCAUCUCAUUGAAGGAAAGGGAGAGUAUAGUAUGGGCGAUGAUAAGAUCACGUUUGGGCCAGGGAAUGGAAAUGGACCAAUUGCGGCUGAUGCUGGUGAGCAGUAUAGUUGGCACGGUGGCAAUCUCACUUUACAAGGGAGCCAUGUGUACAUCACAGGCAAGACGCCACUGAAGUAUACACUGAACCUAGGCUUUGCCUAG